GCGGCGCGUCCUCCAGCGGCGGCAGCAGCGCUCGCAGCGCCGGGACCUGCAGCUACUGCACUCAUCCAAGUCAGACUGCUGGGCUGCUGCCUCCUUCCUACAGCAGCCUUGAGUCCUGGUCGUCGGUGGAGGCCUUAGCAGACGACAGAGGAGGAGGCCUGCUGUGCCAGACCAAUGCUGCGAGGGGUGUGAGGAGAAGAGUCAACGUCCAUCACUCAGCUGCCACUCCCAGAAAGCAGGAUGGAACUGGAGUGAGGCAGAGGGCCUAGAGCUGCUGACCAGCACGUGGGACGCUGGUGAUUCGAGGGUCACAGAGGCUGGACAACGUUCAUGGCUCUCGGGUAGAACCCAGCUCAACGGCCAGAAUGAAUUCUAUGGACAGGCACAUCCAGCAGACCAAUGACCGACUGCAGUGCAUCAAACAGCACUUACAGAACCCUGCCAACUUCCACAAUGCUGCCACGGAGCUGCUGGACUGGUGUGGAGACCCGAGAGCCUUCCAGCGGCCCUUCGAGCAGAGCCUGAUGGGCUGUUUGACGGUGGUCAGUCGGGUGGCAGCUCAGCAAGGGUUCGACCUGGACCUCGGCUACAGACUGCUGGCUGUGUGUGCCGCCAACCGAGACAAGUUCACUCCGAAGUCUGCCGCCCUGCUGUCCUCCUGGUGCGAGGAACUCGGCCGCCUGCUGCUGCUCCGACAUCAGAAGAGCCGCCAGAGCGACCCCCCUGGGAAACUCCCCAUGCAGCCCCCCCUCAACUCCAUGAGCUCCAUGAAACCCACUCUGUCGCACAGUGAUGGGUCCUUCCCCUACGAUUCUGUCCCUUGGCAGCAGAGCGCCAACCAGCCUCCCGGCUCCCUCUCCGUGGUCACCACAGUUUGGGGAGUGACCAACACGUCCCAGAGCCAGGUCCUCGGGAACCCUAUGGCCAAUGCCAACAACCCCAUGAAUCCAGGCGGCAACCCCAUGGCAUCGGGCAUGACCACCAGCAACCCCGGCCUCAACUCCCCCCAGUUUGCUGGGCAGCAGCAGCAGUUCUCGGCCAAGGCCGGCCCUGCUCAGCCCUACAUCCAGCAGAGCAUGUAUGGCCGGCCCAACUACCCCGGCAGCGGGGGCUUCGGGGCCAGUUACCCUGGGGGUCCUAAUGCCCCUGCAGGCAUGGGCAUCCCUCCGCACACCCGGCCGCCUGCUGACUUCACUCAGCCGGCGGCCGCUGCCGCAGCAGCUGCAGUAGCAGCAGCAGCAGCCACGGCCACGGCCACAGCCACAGCCACUGUGGCAGCCUUGCAGGAGACGCAGAACAAGGAUAUAAACCAGUAUGGACCGGUCUGUUCCUCUUUCCAGAUGGGUCCCACCCAGGCGUAUAACAGCCAAUUCAUGAACCAGCCCGGGCCACGGGGCCCUGCCUCCAUGGGGGGCAGCAUGAACCCCGCAAGCAUGGCGGCUGGCAUGACACCCUCGGGGAUGAGCGGCCCUCCCAUGGGCAUGAACCAGCCCCGACCACCCGGCAUCAGCCCCUUUGGCACGCAUGGGCAGCGGAUGCCCCAGCAGACCUACCCGGGCCCCCGGCCCCAGUCCCUCCCUAUUCAAAGCAUAAAGAGGCCAUACCCAGGAGAGCCCAACUAUGGAAACCAGCAAUAUGGACCAAACAGCCAGUUCCCCACCCAGCCAGGCCAGUACCCCACCCCCAACCCCCCAAGGCCGCUCACCUCUCCCAACUACCCUGGCCAGAGAAUGCCCAGCCAGCCGAGCACCGGGCAGUACCCGCCCCCCACAGUCAACAUGGGGCAGUAUUACAAGCCAGAGCAAUUUAAUGGACAAAAUAACACCUUCUCGGGAAACAGCUACAGUAACUACAGCCAAGGGAAUGUGAAUAGGCCUCCCAGGCCAGUUCCUGUGGCAAAUUACCCCCACUCACCUGUUCCAGGGAACCCCACACCCCCCAUGACCCCCGGGAGCAGCAUCCCCCCUUAUCUGUCCCCCAGCCAAGAUGUUAAACCACCCUUCCCACCUGACAUCAAGCCAAAUAUGAGUGCUCUGCCGCCACCCCCAGCCAACCACAACGACGAGCUUCGGCUCACGUUCCCUGUGCGGGAUGGCGUGGUGCUGGAGCCCUUCCGCCUCGAGCACAACCUGGCUGUCAGCAACCACGUCUUUCACCUGAGGCCCACGGUUCACCAGACACUGAUGUGGAGGUCUGACCUGGAGCUGCAGUUCAAGUGCUACCACCAUGAGGACCGACAGAUGAACACCAACUGGCCGGCCUCGGUGCAGGUCAGCGUGAAUGCCACCCCCCUCACCAUCGAGCGUGGCGACAACAAGACCUCCCACAAGCCCCUGCACCUCAAGCACGUGUGCCAGCCAGGCCGCAACACCAUCCAGAUCACCGUCACGGCCUGUUGCUGCUCCCACCUCUUCGUGCUGCAGCUGGUCCACCGGCCCUCUGUGCGCUCCGUGCUACAAGGGCUCCUCAAGAAGCGCCUCCUGCCCGCAGAACACUGCAUCACGAAAAUCAAGCGGAAUUUCAGCAGUGUGGCUGCCUCCUCGGGGAACACGACCCUCAAUGGGGAGGAUGGUGUGGAGCAGACAGCCAUCAAGGUGUCUCUGAAGUGCCCCAUCACAUUCCGGCGCAUCCAGCUGCCUGCUCGAGGCCAUGAUUGCAAACACGUCCAGUGUUUUGACCUGGAAUCAUAUCUGCAGUUGAAUUGCGAGAGAGGGACCUGGAGGUGUCCUGUGUGCAAUAAAACCGCUCUGCUCGAGGGCCUGGAGGUGGAUCAGUACAUGUGGGGCAUCCUGAAUGCCAUCCAACACUCCGAGUUUGAAGAGGUCACCAUCGACCCCACAUGCAGCUGGCGGCCAGUGCCCAUCAAGUCAGACCUUCACAUUAAGGAUGACCCCGAUGGCAUCCCCUCUAAGCGAUUCAAGACCAUGAGCCCCAGCCAAAUGAUCAUGCCCAACGUCAUGGAGAUGAUCGCCGCUCUGGGCCCUGGCCCGUCCCCCUACCCACUCCCACCGCCCCCUGGGGGCACCAGCUCUAAUGACUACAGCAGCCAAGGCAACAACUACCAGGCCCAUGGAAACUUUGACUUCCCCCAUGGGAACCCCGGUGGGACGUCCAUGAAUGACUUCAUGCAUGGGCCUCCCCAGCUCUCCCACCCCCCGGACAUGCCCAACAACAUGGCCGCCCUCGAGAAACCCCUCAGUCACCCCAUGCAGGAAACUAUGCCACACGCUGGCAGUUCUGACCAGCCCCAUCCCUCCAUACAACAAGGCUUGCACGUCCCACACCCCAGCAGCCAGUCAGGGCCUCCAUUACAUCACAGUGGGGCUCCUCCUCCUCCUUCCCAGCCUCCCCGGCAACCGCCACAGGCCGCUCCCAGCAACCAUCCUCACAGCGACCUGACCUUUAACCCCUCCUCAGCCUUAGAGGGUCAGGCCGGAGCGCAGGGAGCGUCCGACAUGCCGGAGCCUUCGCUGGAUCUCCUUCCAGAACUCACAAAUCCUGACGAGCUCCUCUCAUACCUGGACCCCCCCGACCUGCCGAGCAAUAGUAACGAUGACCUCCUGUCUCUCUUUGAGAACAACUGAAGCCCACCCCUCCGUCGGGGCCGCCCCUCCCCACUCUGCCUCCUCCCUUGUCAGUCCCACACACACUUUCCCACUGGGAGCUGUGCCCUCAGACCGCCCUGCUAUGGCCUUCCCAGAGCGGAGGGGGUGGGAGGGCGCACUGUGAAGGCUGUGUGGGUCUUUGGCCCGCCCUCACCCGGAGCAGGCCCCGAAGAUGACCCUCGCCAUGGGGAACCAGCCGGGUGCGAGGCCCAUGCUGACGAUGGCUUCCCGGUCCCCUGUGCGUGCCGACUCCAGACGGCCCUCCAGUGCCCCCAAGGUUCUUCCAGUUUCUAGACUGUGAUCCUGCCUCCCUGCUUCCUGGCCCAGAGCCUCCUUCAAGUGACUGAGCCUGAGAGAAGGCCCCCCAAGACCCAGGGGGGCCCGGAGCCUUGGAGGAGCAGUGACGGUUGGUGGCAGUGAGAGCCACCGUCAUCAGCCACCACAGAAAAGCACAAACCUCUGGGAAAGCGCUCUCUCAGGGGCCAUGGUCGUCGUUUUGACCCCUGACCUCUAAGCCAAGAUACCCUGUAAACACUCUCUCAGAAAGCGGAGAAAAGACAAUAUUCUGUUUGAGAGAAGGCGUGCCAUUCCUGCUUGGGGACUGGUGGGGACGGGUCAGGGGCUCCUUGGAGCCAGGACAGCGCAGCGGACAGCCCCAUGGCCUUUGGACUCAGGCCGGGGCCUGGCUUUGGGGGGCAGAGAGAGUUAAAGUACCCUAUUGAAAUUAUUGUGCCCUUAGCUGAUGGGCGGGGGUGCAGGAGGAUGCAGUCAGCCAGAGUCAAAUAGGAAUGGCAACUUAAAACUGCUCCAAGCCAAUCCCUGUUUUUAAGCAACGAUCGAAAGCUAUGACGUCAUCUGGAGAAAAGGAACAUCAGGCUUGGACAGCAAGCAAACCAUUUCUCUUCAUGUGUUCUGUUUCUUUCCUCCUGCUCCCCACCCACCUCUCCAAGACUGUUACGUGGGGCACCAACUGCCCUUUGUCCUAGUUCUUUGUCCACCCAGACAGCCAGGUGGGGUGGCGGAGGGGCAGGGGAGGCAUGGGCUUGGCCACGGAGUGGGCUUGGCCCCAGGCACUCCAGCCUCUCUGUCCAUCUGUCCCUGCACUCAAGGCUGCCCCUGGCUCCAGCCCAGCUCAUCACCAUGCGUGUUGGGAUAUGCCCACGAGCAUUGAGUGGUGUUUCUGUGGCUGCCUCAGAUGCCACCCUCAGCUGCCAGCCUCUCCUUCCCUUUGUGUCCCCCUGCCCUUGCAAGCUCACCCCAUACUCCCGCUUGCUCCAACAGAAGCAACCUCUGGUAUUCCCUCCAUGGCUUUGGCUUUGCUCCAUCCACCUUUCUGCUCUCGGAUCUCCCGGGUAGCUUGUGCGUCCGUUCUGUUUCAGGCUCAUCUGUGCUCCCCUAAGCCACAUGGCCUGUGAUGCUGCUGGGCCGUUGGGUCACUUGGGUCGCCUCUGUAAAUUCGUUGCAUCCUUCCCUGCUACUGCCUGGGGCCCUCUCAGGCUCCCCCUGCCACUGUCUGUGUUCCCAGUUUCCAUCUCUCUCUCUCUCCGUGACUGGUGGUCCCCAGCACUCCUCUGCAUUUGCCCAGAAUGGUGGCCCCAGCUUUGACUUCCAGCCGCUGUACCAGACAGCCAGCACAAGGUUUUCUGUAGGAAAGCUGCCAUUGCCUGCCCUGCCCCCCUUUUCCUUUGUCCUGUUGUCGAGGUUUUUUCAAACAGCGUGGUGUUCAGUAUGCAAAUCAAUUAUUUUAAGAAUUGCUUUUGUAAAUAUCUUUGUGAAUAUUUUAGUAUCGUCUUUGAUAAUAUUCAACAUUUUCAUGACCUGGUUAUCGCCUUUGCUGGUGUUUUUAAAAUACCUUGACUCAACAACAAAGACCGAGUCCUUUUUUUAAAAAAACAACAAACAAAAACAAAAAAGCCACCAGGGCUAUUUGAACAGAUGAAGGGGUGAAGCAUGGGUGGCUGUACCGUGAGUGAGAAGACCAGGCUGUCCACCAUUUAGAGGCCUCCCCAGUCAACUGGUGGGGAUGAGAUGACACCACGUAGUAUGUCUUUGCCUGGUGACCAAUAACCCCGGCAGGUCGCCACACUAUGUAGGACCAUCUGGGAAUGUUGCGCCCCAGACUUACAGAUGCCUUCCUUAGAAGUUUCUGCUUCCUGCCGUGCUACUCUCCCAGAAAGGCGUGGGGUCCCUUCUGGUUCUUAGCGGGUGUCCCCCCUCUGCUCAUCAACCUAUCCUCAGUUUUCUCCUGCAGAGAGCCCACCUACCCCCCACAGCCCAAGCUCCAGGCACCUCCCUCAGCCCUCUCUGGGGGAGCCAUGGACUCAGCCCCAGAGGCGGGUUUCCUGGGUCCCCUCCCAAGCAAGCCUCCACCAGCAAGUUCCCCAAAGCUUUCCUGAACCGUGGUGCCUGAAGCAUGCACUCUGGGGAUGUAAAACAUACUCUUCCAGAGUUUUGGAGCCAGGACUGGGUAAGGGAGGUAUAAAGGCAUCCAGGGCUGGAGUAAACUCCAACUAGUGACAGAUUCAGUGAAGACAACCUCCCUAAGCAGAGGCGGUUUUGAACUCCAGGGAUAUGCUUCCCUGACUCUUUUGGACAACUACUUGGAGCCAUAAGUCACCUCAGCAAAAAAAGAGGAUUCAGCAAGCCACUCUAUGACAAGCAUCCACCCAGGCCACAGGCAUGUUCUUGCCACCACUCCACAUGAUGGACAGGGUGCCGGCUGGCAGACAGGAAGGCCCAAGUACAGGCAAUCACCCCCCAUCUUCUUGGUUUAAGCUUUACCCGUGUAUCAUGUUCCCUGUAACCUUUUUUUUUUUUUAAAUCUCUUAAUACUUUCUCCCUCAUGGAAGCCCUAACCCCACAGAGAGCUCCAGGUCUGCUCCCUCAGCCUGACCCAUCCUGAUAGGACAGCGUCAGCAGCGGCGACUCAAGGGACGUGUGUACAUAUGUAAAUGAGUAAUAGAGACAUGUUAACAGAUGCAUUCAUUUCCCUUGGAAUGUGUAUUGUUUUUAUUUUAUGAAACAAAACAAAACAAGAAAAAAAGGCUUGGAACUCCAUCUUAACGUGGAAAAACUAGAUCCUGUUUGCUAGCAUUUGUGAGGUCUCUCCGCAUUUGUCUCACUCAUGUAAUAUACUCUGACCCUGUGUGGAAAGGAAUUUUUGUUCUCUUUUGUUUUUAUUUUACCUACAUGUACUAUUUAGCUUCAGUGUACUAGUCCUGCCACCUGUGUAUUUUUAGGGUGCUAUGGAAAUAAUGAAAAGAAAUGGGAAUUUCAGAAGAAAAUUGUAACCAAAUUCAUACUUUGUAUAAUUUUUGAUAUCAUGAUCACAGGUGAUUCACACGUACACACAUCAGCACAGUGCGGCCUGAAGUAACUCCCACAGAAAGCAUCAUCGUCUUUGUACAUCUCUGUACAAUGCAAUCAUUUCAUUUUAAACUGGUCAGAAAGCUAAUUGUGGUUUCUAGUCUUGCAAAGCUGUAUGUAGUUAGAUGAUGUGACAACCUCUAAUAUUUAUCUAAUAAAUAUGUAUUCAGAUGAAACCUGUA